CCCCGCCCCGCCCGUCUCUCGCCGGGGCCGCGGCAGAGGACGCAGCGGCGGCAGCAAGAUGGCGGCGGCCGCGGUGCGGGCGAGUGGGGCGGCGCUGCGGCGGAGCAGUUUGCUGACUAGCUGUAACUUGCUUAUACCUGGGAAGCUGUGUAUUAGAACUCAAGUUCUGUGGAAACAGCCACCUUCUAGGACCUUUUUCAGUGACAGGAAAAAGCUUCAUACUGCUCCGGUAAGGCAAGCCUUCCGUCUGCGCCCCUUCCAUGUUCUGGUGGCUACAGGUGGGGGAUAUGCAGGGUACAGAAAAUACGAAGAUUACAGGUUGGAACAGCUGGAGAAGAGGGGCAUAGAGGUGCCUGUCAAGCUUGCAAGCGAGUGGGAGGUUGCUCUGUACAAAUCGGUACCAACUCGCCUGCUCUCACGAGCCUGGGGUCGCCUGAACCAGGUGGAGCUGCCUACAUGGCUCCGGAAGCCUGUUUACAGCCUAUACAUCUGGACAUUUGGAGUGAACAUGAAGGAGGCAGCUGUUGAAGAUUUACAUCACUAUAGAAACCUCAGUGAAUUCUUCCGCAGGAAGCUGAAACCACAAGCACGGCCAGUCUGCUGUUUGCACAGUGUGAUUAGUCCCUCUGAUGGAAAGAUACUUAACUUUGGACAGGUAAAAAACUGUGAAGUGGAGCAGGUGAAAGGUGUUACUUAUUCACUGGAAUCUUUCUUGGGACCUCGCAUCGGCACAGAGGAGUUGCAUUUUAGCCAAGCCCCACCUGGCAACUCAUUUCAGCAACAACUUGUCACAAAGGAGGGGAAUGAGCUCUACCACUGUGUGAUCUACCUUGCGCCAGGGGAUUAUCACUGCUUCCAUUCUCCCACUGACUGGAGAGUGUCACACCGACGACAUUUCCCAGGCUCUCUGAUGUCUGUGAAUCCUGGGGUUGCUCGCUGGAUCAAGGAACUCUUCUGCCACAACGAACGUGUUGUCCUUACAGGUGACUGGAAACAUGGCUUUUUCUCUUUAACAGCCGUAGGAGCAACAAAUGUGGGCUCUAUUCGUAUCUACUUUGACCAGGACUUGCAUACCAACAGUCCAAGUUACUCGAAAGGUUCCUACAAUGACUUCAGCUUCAUAUCCAACAACAACAAGGAGGGAAUCCCCAUGAGGAAAGGAGAACAUUUAGGGGAAUUUAACUUAGGCUCCACUAUUGUACUAAUCUUCGAGGCACCCAAGGACUUCAAAUUCCACCUCAAGGCCGGACAGAAAAUCCGCUUUGGAGAGGCACUGGGCUCUCUAUAGAAACUAUCACAGCAAGAAGGUUUUAUGUACAAAGGAACUCGAUCACACCGCUGAAUGUUUCAUUUAACAAGUAUGUAUCACUCAGCAGGACCUGGGUGAGGAAAACAGAUGUCAUUGCUGUGUUAGACUUGGGAGUAUUUGCCCUAUAUUUACAUACUGCUGCUGAAUGCAGAGAAAGAAUCAGAUGAUCCAUAUAUGUAUCAGGUACAGCUGCCUUUAAAAAUGUUGACCAGGGAGGUUUCAGUCCCACCCUGUGCCUGCAGUCUUUCAUGUUCUCCCCCUUAAUGUGCCACAGGAUAAUUAUGUUCUCAGAGCCUGUAAGUCCCUUUUAAGCCUUCCUAGGCUCUGCAGGUGCAAUGGGGAAGGGUGGAGGUAGAGAUUAGCUGUAUUUAAAGGGACAUUGACAGGUUGAUUCAGACCUUGUGCCUCAGAUUUGUAGUAUCUGGUUGACAGACCGUGAGUUGAGAAUGUGUUCUCAUUUCUGUUUUAAAACAAUCCUCAAAAGUUCUUAAAUAAAAGGCAGCCUGUGAAUGCACAGGGAGCCAAAGGUAAAUUGGCUAGUAUGGCUUUACAGUCCAAACUAAGCAACAUGCAUAACAGAUAACAUCAGUACAAUAGAUUAGACUCAUCCAGUUUGUUUUCUAUUAUUAGACAACUUUAGUUCUUUUACCUGAUGUUGUCUUUUUAAAAAUGGACUUUGCACUGUAUUUUAAACCUGAAAACACUGUGUCUACAUUCCAUAUGAUGAAACUGGUCAUCUUGGGAUUUUUUUUUUUUUUAAUAGUAGCAGACAGAUCGAUGUGUCCUACCCUUAAUCCAUGGUUUUAUUUUGCCAUUCCAGGCCUUACAAACAAAAUCCUUAUGAGUGAAAAAACAAGGUUGUGACAAAAUAACAACAGGAUUAAGGGUGGGAAGGUAGAGAGGAUGUUUAUCUUCUGUGAUGCAACAAGAUGGCAGCCAAAAUAGGUUUUUACUUUCCGCUAUGUAUCUUUCUUAAUUGUUGCUUGGUCACUGAAUUCUUGACAAAUUAAUUCCUCUAUUUAAAGAACAGAUUCAGAUUCUUAAGGACCAAUUUUUAUUUGCACGGAAUGAAAUGCCAUAUGCACUGACUGUGUAUUAAAACAUUACAGUCCUUUGAAGCAAUCUAAAGUUGCCUGCCACGUGCAUUAGCCUGGCCAUCCUAUAAUGGGCUGGCAACUAUUUAUCUUACUCUAAAUGUAAAAAGCCACACCUGUUCUGACAUCUGCCCUCAUACUUAAUAUUAGGAAUGUGCUGGGGGCUGAAAGCUACUCUGAAGCUUCAUCCUACAGCAGAGCUUCAGCGCCUCUUUGCAACUUCACGUCAAGAAAAGUUGUAACAAACAACAACACCUUGGAUCUGUUGAGCAUGGCACUAAAUGGCAUUGACAGAAAUUAGUGCCGAAGUGAAGAGGAGGAUUUCAUUUUUAAAGCAAUGUAUCAGUUGUUCUUAGAAAAUAAACUCUAUUUUGAGUCCAGGCUCUCCAACACUUAGAACUGACUUUGCUGCCCCAAGCUUGUGGGAAUGGAUGUGCUUAUGAAACCUGCCUUUCUGAUCUCUGAAAGAUUUCUCAUACUAUUUCCUUGCUUGAGCCUUGGGUGUUUUUUCUGCUGCUUCAGGGAGAUGGUAGGCUUUGACCAGCUCUGAUCUCCUAAAGAAAAAUUUCUCCUUUGUAUGCACUGCAGAAAAUAGAAUAUGAUUUUGUUGUACAAAUGUCCAGUUUGCUAAGUCCUGUAUGCUUAGCUUGUCAUCAGGAAAGAAGGGACGAUAAACUGCAUCUAGUGAUGUAGUCCAGCUGUGGCUUUAAGAUGAUGGUGGCUGUUUGGGUGGCAAGCAGGAAAUUAUUCGUUUGGCUCCAAGAGUCAAUGUUUCCUCACAUUACAUGGGGAGGAGUUUGAAAAGCUUGAAGUGGCUCUCAGCCACCUAUUCUGUUAAACUUCUUGGUAUUAGCAAGUUAACUCCUGCAGUAGUAUAUAAGUAUAUACAGGUUCCAGAAAUGUACACUUUUUAAAAAACAUUUGAGAGUGAGAAAUACAAAGGGAAACAUCAACCCCACAGGUUAAAGCUGUAACUAGUCUCUUGCUUCAACUUCAAAGACAUGUUAAUAGUAGAAAACAAAUUUGUUCCAGUGGAUCAGAGAAAAGAAUGAAUAACUUCCACCUUCUCCACUGGGGCCUAUGGCACCUGACACAGCCAAAGCAACUUUAAGCUUUAAUUACUUGCUACUCAGCAUCAUCAUCUGCAGUAUCUGAAGGCCACUGUUAGCCUAGUAAUGGAGAAUAGAUUGCCUGAUAUUUGCUCUAAUAGGAAUCUAAGGGAAAGGAGAGGAUUCAGCAUGCAGAUGGCUGUUUUUGUGAUGGUCUUAAUACUGUGCAGAACUAGUUGAUUAACAAACAGUAGUUGUUAGGCAGUAAUCACCAAUGGGCCCUGGAAGUGGAAGCAAAGUUCCUGGAGGGUACUGAUAAUGCUGUGAAUUUCUCCUGCAUGGAGAAUCCAUUUAAUUCUUCAACUGUAUCAGUAGCACGGUAUUUUUGUAUGUCAAAGUGUAUGACUUACUGACAUUAACUCAUUUAAUUGCAAACAUUUUGAAAUAAAGAGUCUUAUCAGUGUUG